AUGGUUACACAUGCCAAAUCUUAUGAACUCUUUAAAAAGCUAGAUGUACUAGAAGAAGGUUUAGAUACCUUAGAUAACUCGGACAAAUUACAUUUUAUUCGAGAGAAAGUUCAACAAAAUUUGCAGAAAGCUUAUGAAACUAAUAAAAGGGUUUAUGACAUGAAGACUAGACCAAAUAACUUUUUUGAAGGUGAAAUAGUAUAUAGACGUAAUUUUUCUCUUAGCAAUAAAGCAUUAGCCUAUAACGCCAAAUUAGCUCCAAAAUUUUUAAAAUCGAAAAUCUUAAAGAAAAUAGGUUAUUGCAAUUAUAAGAUAGUAGAUAUGAAUGGUAAAGACGUCGGAGUUUAUCAUGCUAAGGAUCUGCAAAAAUCACACCAACUCUAA